UCUCAGACAGCGAGGCUGGCGCUGCGGACAGGCAGGGUAGGGUGACUGUGUCUCUGAGCAGCCCGGUCUCUGCAGCAGAGCUCAGCUCACAGGCAUACAGAGGAGCAGGGAGCAGAGCCAGGAGGCUGAGAGGAGGGAGGGGAAAGAGAGCACGGUUCCAGGAAAGGCACUGCAUGCUGUAGUGGGAGACUGAAAGGUUAGAGAUCUGGGGAAUCAUUUGGAAGCCCUCUUCUAAACUGCAUCCCAUGGAAUAUGAGUUGAUGUUGGAAUGAACACAUAUCUAUAUAUAUAUAUAUAUAUAUAUAUAUAUAUAAGUUUUCAAUCUUGAGAUAUUAUGUGGACUCACAAUUAAUGUCGGUUUUGUUAGGGGAAAGUAAGGACAAUGCUUAUACAGCGUUCUCUGGACGAAUCGUCCUCUAAUGCCCUACUUUGGAGACGGUUCCAAGAAAAUGCACAUGACAAGCAAGCUGAAGGUCUCUGCCUGCUUUGAUAAAUUACAGUGUUUUAAAUUAAGACUUAUGAGCUUCAUUCUGUAAAAAAAAAAAAAAAAUGCAGAGCACAAGGAAUGGUGGACUGGAGAAGUUCAAGAAGAUUGGGAAGACGGAGGAGGAGAGCCCCCUGCCCUUCCCGGAGCUUCCCCCGGAUGUGGUGGAGAUGAAGGUGAAGGAAGGGAGCAAGAUCCGUAACCUGAUGUGUUUCGCCGUGUCCCGAAUGGAGGGUGAAAGCACGCGGCAGAUUGUGUUCAGCGGCUCGGGCCGGGCGGUCACCAAGACCAUCACCUGCGUGGAGAUCAUGAAACGCAAGGUGGGGGGCCUCCACCAAGUCACCAAGCUGCGCUACCAGAGCUUGAGAGAGGUGUGGGAGAGCCGAGAGCAACGAGAGCCCAAGGGGGAGAACCUGACAGUCCACAAGAACGUGCCCUCCAUCUGCAUCCUUCUCUCCAAAGACCCGCUGGACCCCCAGCAGCACGGCUACCAGCCCCCUGAGUCCCUGACAGGCCUCUGGACCCCGGAGGAAGACUUCAUUGAGGAGGCCAGCCUCUCCCUCAGAGGAGCCAAGCGCCCAUUGCUCUCCCCAAGUCCUGAAUCAGGCAGCAAGAGACUGAGUGUGGAGCCGCCACAGCACCUUGUUGACUGAGAAUGUGCAGCUUCUAUUAUCAUUACACCCUACAUACUGGACAUACGGAAAUAUGGCUAUUUGAGCAUUUCCCAAAUAACAAGCACUCUUGUGGUGUGCCUGGGUUCCAGCUCAAUACCUUUAGGUAAUUGCUGUUUCAUUUUAAGUCUCUAUGCACAUAUUUGCAUUAUAUAAGGUAGGUAGGUUGAGGGUGUUAUUAUUAUUGAAACAUGGAUUUAUUUAAAAAAAAAUGUUUUAACAUCAUCUCUGUGAUUACCUUUCUACGCAAUUGCAUAAUUGUUCAGAUAAUCCACUAUUUUAAAUGUUGUUUUGUAUAAUAGACUUACCCUUUUAACAGUUUCCCAUAGUAGAAGUGUAAUAAAGCAUUGUGAAAGCAUGGUAAAGCAUAGUUAAGCACUGUGAUCUCAGAAGGGUAAAGCAUAUUUAAAAACAUAGCAAAGCAUGGUAAACUAUGGUAAAUGCAGAGUAUAUUCAAAACAUGAUAAACUUCACAUUUACCAUAGUAAACUUAGAUAAGGGUAAACUCAUCAAAACUUACCUUGAAAAAUAAGAAAUUUGUUGUUUUUAAAAGGGCAUACUGGGAGCUCUAUUUUGCUCAGUAAUGCACAAAGUAAAUAUUCACCAAAAAAAUUCUAUUUCCAUUACAGUUUAUUUAUAUAUUACUUAUUUGUCAUUUGUUUAAGAUUGUAGCUCGCCAGGAUAAACCCUUGAGUUGUAACAACUCAUUUACAAGAGAGUCCCCAAUGUAAAUGAGAAUCAUCAGUUACUGAAAUAGAUUGGAAAAGUGUCAAUGUUAUGCCUUUAAUGAUUGGGGUGCUAAACCUUCUAACAUGAUCAUACUGGAAAUGUUAAAGCUUCUAACAUGAUCAUACUGGAAAUGUUAAAGCUUCUAACAUGAUCAUACUGGAAAUGUUAAAGCUUCUAACAUGAUCAUACUGGAAAUGUUAAAGCUUCUAACAUGAUCAUACUGGAAAUGUUAAAGCUUCUAACAUGAUCAUACUGGAAAUGUUAAAGCUUCUAACAUGAUCAUACUGGAAAUGCUAAAGCUUCUAACAUGAUCAUACUGGAAAACUUUGGGAACAGUGUUUAUUUGAUGUGUAAUGUUGGCCAGAAAUGUAUGAUUGUGUUAUUAUAUACACUACCUUUAACUGCUGUAGCUACAGCCUCAAUUAGCUGAAUCCUUACUAUAUGCACCUUUAACUGCUGCAAAGUUGCUACAGCCUCGAGGAAUUGAAUCCUUACCUAUUAACACACAAUAGUGCUGAAUUUAGAAAUACUCAAAGAAACGUAAUAAAUUCAAUGAGAAACAUUGCAGGUCUUCUGGGAAGGGAUCUGAAGUGGGAAAUAGUUUCUGCUACAUGGGGUACCUCUGGAAAUCUGCCAGCCUUAGUGCAGAAUCAGAGCUGAUGUACCCUGCUACCACCAGAUAUAUAUAUAUAUGGAACACAGGCUAGAUCAGCCAGUGUACUCUAGAAGGAAGAGCCAGCACUAGUGAUGUUCCCUUUGGAGCUAGAUGCUGCUGGCCCUUGCUAAUAUACAGUGCCUUGCGAAAGUAUUCGGCCCCCUUGAACUUUGCAACCUUUUGCCACAUUUCAGGCUUCAAACAUAAAGAUAUGAAACUGUAAUUUUUUGUGAAGAAUCAACAACAAGUGGGACACAAUCAUGAAGUGGAACGAAAUUUAUUGGAUAUUUCAAACUUUUUUAACAAAUAAAAAACUGAAAAAUUGGGCGUGCAAAAUUAUUCAGCCCCUUUACUUUCAGUGCAGCAAACUCUCUCCAGAAGUUCAGUGAGGAUCUCUGAAUGAUCCAAUGUUGACCUAAAUGACUAAUGAUGAUAAAUAGAAUCCACCUGUGUGUAAUCAAGUCUCCGUAUAAAUGCACCUGCACUGUGAUAGUCUCAGAGGUCCGUUUAAAGCGCAGAGAGCAUCAUGAAGAACAAGGAACACACCAGGCAGGUCCGAGAUACUGUUGUGGAGAAGUUUAAAGCCGGAUUUGGAUACAAAAAGAUUUCCCAAGCUUUAAACAUCCCAAGGAGCACUGUGCAAGCGAUAAUAUUGAAAUGGAAGGAGUAUCAGACCACUGCAAAUCUACCAAGACCUGGCCGUCCCUCUAAACUUUCAGCUCAUACAAGGAGAAGACUGAUCAGAGAUGCAGCCAAGAGGCCCAUGAUGACUCUGGAUGAACUGCAGAGAUCUACAGCUGAGGUGGGAGACUCUGUCCAUAGGACAACAAUCAGUCGUAUACUGCACAAAUCUGGCCUUUAUGGAAGAGUGGCAAGAAGAAAGCCAUUUCUUAAAGAUAUCCAUAAAAAGUGUCGUUUACAGUUUGCCACAAGCCACCUGGGAGACACACCAAACAUGUGGAAGAAGGUGCUCUGGUCAGAUGAAACCAAAAUCGAACUUUUUGGCAACAAUGCAAAACGUUAUGUUUGGCGUAAAAGCAACACAGCUCAUCACCCUGAACACACCAUCCCCACUGUCAAACAUGGUGGUGGCAGCAUCAUGGUUUGGGCCUGCUUUUCUUCAGCAGGGACAGGGAAGAUGGUUAAAAUUGAUGGGAAGAUGGAUGGAGCCAAAUACAGGACCAUUCUGUAAGAAAACCUGAUGGAGUCUGCAAAAGACCUGAGACUGGGACGGAGAUUUGUCUUCCAACAAGACAAUGAUCCAAAACAUAAAGCAAAAUCUACAAUGGAAUGGUUCACAAAUAAACAUAUCCAGGUGUUAGAAUGGCCAAGUCAAAGUCCAGACCUGAAUCCAAUCGAGAAUCUGUGGAAAGAACUGAAAACUGCUGUUCACAAAUGCUCUCCAUCCAACCUCACUGAGCUCGAGCUGUUUUGCAAGGAGGAAUGGGCAAAAAUUUCAGUCUCUCGAUGUGCAAAACUGAUAGAGACAUACCCCAAGCGACUUACAGCUGUAAUCACAGCAAAAGGUGGCGCUACAAAGUAUUAACUCAAGGGGGCUGAAUAAUUUUGCACGCCCAAUUCUUCAGUUUUUUAUUUGUUAAAAAAGUUUGAAAUAUCCAAUAAAUUUCGUUCCACUUCAUGAUUGUGUCCCACUUGUUGUUGAUUCUUCACAAAAAAUUACAGUUUCAUAUCUUUAUGUUUGAAGCCUGAAAUGUGGCAAAAGGUUGCAAAGUUCAAGGGGGCCGAAUACUUUCGCAAGGCACUGUAAAGACACUUUUGGACCAUUACAGUGUCUAUGACAAACAGCUAGAACUGACGAGCCACUACUGAACUCAUAGUUAAAUACCUCAACUCGGACGUAUAAAAACAUAUUUAAAAAACAAAAAACAUGACAUUUGAGUAAUCGCAAUAAGAAACUAAACAUGAUUGCAGCAUAAUAAAAAGGUAAGGGUGCAGUAAAAACAUGAAGAAAAUGAAAACAGAAGCUACUUGUUCAUACAGUAUAGCCGUGGAUUUUCUACUGUGGUGAAUUGCACAGGGAUCAGAAAUGACAUUUUUGAUCACAGUAUGCGGUUGAUUAAUUUAACCUCAUGCAGUUUUUCAUUGCAGUACCACAACGUCAAACUGUUUUAUACCGAUUAUCACAAAUGUUGUAAGGGAUAAACAGUGAUAAACCACAAUUCUAAUUGAAGUGAUUUUCAUUCAAAAUGUCAAUAUGGAAAAGCACUGAUAAUGCAAUACACUGUAUAUAGAGGAUGUACCAGGAAUGUUCAAUCAGGACAGACAAAUAACCCAGACAAGCCCCAGAGGGGAGGGGGUGUUUACGACAGUCCUCGUGAAAUAACCACACCACUCAGUCAUGGACAAUGAUGUGUUUAAACCUAAAUUAAACAGCAGAUAUCUGAGAAUGACUUUCUAGAUCAAGAUCUGCAUCUGCUUAAUCUCAAGAAUUUCUCACUUGUUGACAGCUACUAGUCACACAGAUGUGCUCUAAUUACAGCAAGAAGUGUUAUAAAACAUGAUAUGAAUACCAUGUCGGCUUUCAAAGUGAUUGACUUUCAGAGAGGAAAACAAGCAAUUGACCACAGUGGAUUGGGUUCUGUAUUCUCAGGAACCAAUCCACAGUUCUGACUGAUUCACUGUUCUGUAUUCUCUGGAACCAAUCCACAGUUCUGACUGAUUCACUGUUCUGUAUUCUCUGGAACCAAUCCACAGUUCUGGCUGAUUCACUGUUCUGUAUUCUCUGUAAUGGAUGCACAGUUUGAAUCAAUUAAAAAUAAAACAGUGUCGCCAUAGAACGUUGUAACUUGUAAUACACGUGUGGAGAUUACUGUCUGUAUAGCGAUCCAUCAGUCAGUCAAGCAUUACACAUUCAAUGCAUUACAUUCCUUUAUCUCAUGAAAUUAACUGAAUAAUGUGCAUGUACCCAUUUGGAUAUGUUAAUAUUUCUAUUGAAUAAACUGUUGAAAUAUC